AUGUCUACCAACAGCGACACUGAUCUCUCUUUUCGCGACCCAUUUCGACUAGACCGCCUGGCCGAUGAAUUGGCCACUCGAGAAUCCACACACCCCGCCCCUCUUCGACUGUCAGGAGAAAUAAACUCCACCCUUGAACUUCCUGAACAUGUUCCGCUGUCACAUAAUGAUCAGUUCUUAAGUGCAAAAGACUUUAAUGUCGAACAAUUUCUUCUUUCCCGAGCUCACAUUUCACUGCCUGAUCUACGCACGGAGCUUCGCCAAUAUCUUGCUAAAUUGAAAGAGGAACUGGUCAAGCUUAUAAACGAUGACUACGAGGCUUUUAUAAGCUUGAGUACCGAUUUACGCGACGAAGGUGCUCGAUUGGAAAGGUUGAAAUAUCCUCUAGAGAGUUUGAAAGGAAGCGCCCUGGAAUCCAAAACAGCUCUACAAGCUAUUCAAAAUGAUAUACACGACAAGCUUACGAAGCGCGCUAGACUUCGUGAGGAGAAAGCCUUGCUCCAUCUUCUUCUGAAAAUCUCUGAGUCUGUGUUGAGAUUGGAGUCGUUGUUGCUGAUUUCUUCCCCGGAUCAAAUUUCUAAAGAGUCGAUGGAGAUGAACAACGCAAAAUUUCUUAUCUUCCCCAGUCAUAGCGAGGAUCAUAGUGACGAAAAACUUCGGGGAAAUCGUGCCAAACAUUUAGGACGAGUUUCAGCAGAAUACACACAGCUUUUAUACUAUGUGAGGAAAGCACAAGAUGAAGAGUGUGCAUUUACUAGGGAGAUUCAAUGGCGUAUUGACAGGAUACAUGCGACGCUAUCAUCCGAUCUCGACCAACUAUUUGCUCAUACCCUUGCGUUAAUUACCAACUCAAAGUCCGACUACAAAGUAUCAGAUCUGGAAAAAAAUAAAUGGAUGGCAGACCUAACUGAAUGUCUUAAAACAUAUGAUGCACUAGGCCUUUGGAGAGAUGCUGAGGACGUUAUCAGACGCGAAGUGGUACGACCUUUUGUGAAAAAAACCAUUUACCCAGGUGCAUUAGCGGAAUCACACUCUCCAAUAGUACCCCGUACUCCUUUUCAUUCUUCAGGUGCAAGUGCCCCCCCCAUGACAUCUACACUAUCAACCCACCAAAUACCGUACACCCCUUUCACCGCUUUCGUCCCCAGAACGAACUUAUACUAUUCUAUGGAUGCAUCUACUGAAAUGCCCCAAGCUCAGCUUCUGGAAAAUACUGACGAUCCCUUGACACGUCUAUUGAACCGGAUACUUCGAUUCGUCGAACGCGAUAUCAGUCGUAUCAUGGUCACUUCAGAGAAGGUUUCUAUGAAGUCAGGUUCUUCAAGGUCAACAUUGAGAACAUCAUUGCUGUCCGAAACCUCAAGGUGCAUUGAUAAUGACGAGUUUCAAAUCAUGGCGAAUGUCAUUUGGGCCGAAAUAGCUCAGUCAAUUAUGAGUGACCUUGGGACUGUCGUGUUUGCUGCCGGAAGAGCAAAUGAGUUCCACAAGCACUACGAAACAACACAAGCAUUCAUUCGCUCCCUUGAGCAUCUUGCGCCGUCUAUCGAGGCUGUGCGGGCAAUGCGCCAGCACCCAUUGUAUUUGGCCUUCGAACGCCGUUGGCAGCUUCCUGUAUACUUUCAGCUGAGAUGGAAAGAAAUUGUUGGCGCUCUUGAGGACACUUUUGCAGCAGAAACAGUGGUUCAAACGACCCGAAAAGGUGGUUCUUACAUCAUGCCACAAGGGUCUGCAGCAUGGAUGUCUAUGACGGCGUGUUGGAGCUCAGAAAUAUAUAUUCCAGAGCUUUCGCAUCGUUUUUGGAGAUUGACGUUGCAGGGUACCGUAUCGCAGAAUCAAACACGGGGGACGCAUCCUCUAGAACCUGUAACAGAUGCGACGGCGUCAGAUGACGUUUUCCUCCAACGUUGCUCAGCCGCCAUUAUUGACAUCAAAACCAUGGAAACAAAUGUUGGAAUACUGUGGCGUCAAACUAUCAGUGUUAUAAUACCAGACGCUUCCGUUGAAGAGAGUUUAGAGAUGGAAAGUGCUCUGCAAGAAAGUAUCUCCCAGCUUACUUCGAUCAUUCCGUCCACUUGCAAGGAUAUCGUCACCAUUCUGACCAAACGCUGUUGUGAAGGGUUGCUUCAUGUCAGAAGUAUACCAUCGCAAUUCAGAGCCAUGUCCAAUAAACGUAUGCCAGCAGAGCCCAGUUAUUUCAUGGGUACAGUACUUCGCCCAAUCAAACAUUAUUUUGCAAUUGGAGUUGCUGACGGUCCUGGAAGUCCGCUUAAAGACUCUUUCUUGAAGGAAAUUUCAAGCGAGAUUUUUGACAAUGUUACACAAAAAUAUAUCGGUUAUCUAAUGGCAAUGAAGAAGACAGAGGAGGGCUUGAAGAAACUCAAGAAGGGGAAGAAAUCAACAUUUUCCCUCUUUGGAAAUGCCCCCAAUCUUAAUGAUGAAGCCAAAGACGAAGAACGGAUCCGCACACAGAUGAUACUCGAUGUAGAAGCGUUCGGAAAGGAUGGAGAAUCCUUGAGUGUUGAAGUGGGUACAAACAAGCACUUCUUAGCUUUAAAAGAAAUGGUGUAUGCUUCGGAUAUAUGA